AUCUCAUCUCCUUCGCCGUGCAAUUGAACAACCACAUGGAGAAACUAAAAGUUGCUGGAGGGCAAGGACGGUUAACUUCAUGCGUCGAUCCACGACAAAUUCAGCGACUCAAUCAGCAUGCAGAGACCUUGUUCGGAAAGGAACAUUUGUUGGAGCCCAACUUUUCAGCUCCAAUGGUCUUCCCAGACAAAUAUGAAGAUUCUGCCAAAGAAGAGCUGUUAGGAAUCGAAUAUGCCUACGGCCAGUCCACUGACUUCUCUCCCAAUGAAUACUACAUACAAAAAGCUGAAGAAGAGCAAUCCCAUGAAGGAGAUGAGAUAGAGUCUGAGUCAGAGGAUGAGGGCAUUGAAGAUGAGGGCGAAGAUACUGACGCAAAUGACCGUCCAGUGGACCCCAUGGACUCGAUCAGUGCCAAGCAUGCUGUUGUAACCAAGGAGGAGCAGAUCACAGAGGAGAUCAGUCCAGUCCUGGAAGAUGUACUAAUGAGGCCGAGUCAUCUUCAUCUCCCUGGAUACGAGGAAGUAGAAAGCCUUGCACUCCUCCUCCUACAACUCUCUGAUGACGGUGAUAAUCAUAUCAUCUCUGCCAUUCUCAGACAGAAGAUAGCAGAAGCAGCUGGUAAACUGGCAGAACAUGAUAGGUCUGCUAGGAAUUUCGUGAAGAAAUAUGAGUAGAAGUGGGGCUAUACUCUCUUUGGCAGGUGCCUAGGAUCCGACAGUCAGCCGGGCAGUGCUGCGCAAAAGACAAAAUUUGGAUGGAUGAGGUUCCCGCAGGCGGCUCAAAUCACAGAGGAGUCCAGGCUUCUUUACAUUUUAAUAAAAAUGCUAAAGAAUCGCCCAAAGAUCGGUGGUAUAUCAUCUCCCUCAAAAGCUGCUUCCAUGAUCAAAGCCAGCUACAAAAGGAUUACUGACAGAGUACGAGAUGAUCCACUCCUUUCUGGGGUUGACAUUCCAUUGCCAAAUAUUAAUGCUAAAUCAAUCACAGCAUUCAUUUCUAGAUCUCAACUGCGCAACCAAAAGUGGCACUGCACCGGAAAGUAUUAUCAACGAAGCCAAUGCCAGAAGCCCCUAAGAUUCCUCAGUCCCUUCCAUCACCAUCUUUUACUCAAGUACAAUACAAAGAUGUUCCUCAUGAGUCUGGCAAGCGAUUUGGGGAAAAGAGACGGCUUCAGUUUGAUGAUCCUGGAACAUCGUACGGGGAUGAGCCUCCACCAAAGGCGUCAACUUCCACAGAGACCAAGUUACCACGUCUAUGUCGUAAACCAACUACGUAUCCAGGUGUGCAGUCAAAGGCGUCUGGUGUACCAAUUCUCUUAGUUGUACCUUCACAACCAAAGGCACAGUCUGUUUUCCUACAACCUCCAUCAAGCAGUGUGCCUUUUACAUUUCAAGCUCCACCUUCCCCACCACCAAAGCAGACUCGUUUCCUCCCUAACCCAUCCACCAAACCAUGUGCUGCAUGCCAUGUACCAAAAUGCGGUGGGCUCCGUAAACGGUACACGCCAUCAAAGGCAACAACUGUAGGUAGUAAUCAGAAAAUCUUCACCUUCUGUCCAGCCACCAACAAAUCAACUACACAAGGCUUUGAAAGAGUGUAUGACAAUUACGAACAUUUUAAGAGAGUGGUGGACGAAGAGCUAGAGAGGAGGAAGAGUAACUAAAUGAAUGUGUAAGGACCAUUUUUUGGCUUUUUACUCAUGUAAUUUCAGGUUAAUUGUGGAAAAGCAUAGUUCCAUAUGACAUAUGACAUAUCCAAAGCAUAUGACAGCAUAUUCAUGGUUGUCUCGUAAAUGUUGGAAAUAGUAUAGUAUUUCUAACUUUAGCAAUGAAUUGAUUGUACUGUGUACACUGUUAUGCCACAAUUCAUCUAUCACAUCUAUCAUGUGAACUUUAUACCAAGAUAUAUACAGUUUAUGAAAGAGUGUCUCUUGAAAAUAUGUAUACUUUGAACUUUUUAACAAAUGCAAAUCUUGUCAUGGGUAGGUCGCCAAAUAUAUUGACUGUAAGAGUUUUUAGACAAUCGGUGAAAUGUCAACGUUAGACAUGUUCUUAUGCAUUUGUGCAUAUUAGUGUGAUUUUAGGUGCAAUACUUAACAUUGCCAAAGAUUAUAUAACAAAUGCAAAUCUUGUCAUGGGUAGGAUGCCAAAUAUUUAAACUGUAAGAGUUUUUAGACAAUCAGUUAAAUGUCAAUGUUAGACAUGUUCUUAUGCAUUUGUGUAUGAAUGUGUCAUAAUUAUUAGGUGCAAUACCUAACAUUGCCAAAGAUUAUACAGUGGAACCUCGUUAUAAAGAGCUCAGAUAUAACAAAACCCUUUUAUAACAAAGUGAUUUUGCUGGUCCCAGAGCUGUAUAGUCUUCUUUUUUUGGAGCAUUGAUCGCAGAUUAUUCAUCAUAUUCAGAUUUUAGUGUGUGUUUUUGUAGCUGUACUUCUUUGUUUCUUGUAUUAAAAAACAAACAAAACACAAA